AUGACACAGGAGGCCCGUGACCAAUUUUGCCGUGAAUCAUGGGAUAUGGGAAAACCCCUUGUCUAUGACACUGAGAGAUCGAUAGAGAAAACUUAUGAAAAGGCUUCUCUAUACUGGAAAACCUCGUUUAAACUAGAGACUGUAGAACUGACUCGUUGGAGAAACAACAAGAGGGACACACUUGGAAUGGCUAACAAAAAGCAAAUCAGGAAGCUUGCAGGGAGAGUUUUGUGUGCUGCUAAUGAAAUAGCCGUGUGGAAGAAAAAUACCAACAAUACCGUAUGUCAAGUUUGUCCAAAAUGCCGAAGAGCGCAUGGUCUAAACCAUGCAUGUGGAACUGUUUUGAAGACAAAAGAUUUAACCAGUCCUAUUAGAUGCGAGAGAUGCAUCAAAGGUCGCACAUAUUCUCCCAAAAAAUCAACCGACAUGUGUAAGCUCUGUACAAUUUGCCAGGAAAAUCGUGAAGUUGAAAGACGUUGCACACGCCGAAAUGAUACCAUUUGUGGUAAAUGCAAGAAAAAGCAUUAUGAGGAAAGACAUGACUUUGGAUUUAACUCAUGUGAGAAAUGUUCUCAGUGCUGUGGAGAUGGCAAAGAUAAAAUAGAACAGCAAUGCGUCGACCAAGGCUUACCAAGUGAUAAGGUUUGCAGUUAUUUGGAUGCUGAGCGUUGUAAGAAACACAAAGAUCCAAGCGUAAAAAUAUCGACGACUCCAUCGAAAUUGCCAGGUUUAACGUCACCAAUGCCAAUUUUGCUACGUUUACAACCUAAUACGUCUGAAACGACAAGCACUUACAGAUCCCCGCAGCAAUAUAUUAUCAAUAAUAAUAAUGUCAACAAUAACAAUGUCAACACUGGCCCGAACACCCUCGGACUUAAAGCCGGCAUCAGUAGUGUGGGUUUGGUAUUGUUAUUGUCAUUGGUUGCUGCUUGCCUUUACAAAAAAUGGAGACGUAAAAGACGGAAAAGCCACAGUGGAAUACAAUCUCCCGGUAACGAUUCGGAAGCCCCUGAUCCUCAGACAAUACCGCUGCGGCAUUUAGAUGAGUCAGCCAAGGUAACAUCGUACCUGGAUGACCCAGAAACAUAUCGCACCAAUGGACCUUACGAACAAAUCUGCGAUCAUCUCAACAAACUCAAGUACAAAGACUUCGAGGCAGUCUGCAUCCGCUUGCGUAUUCAACGUCGAAAGGUACGUAACUUCUAUCCCCACGAAGGAAUAGGAAAGUUUGAGGAGGUCCUUACGACUUUAUCGUCUGAAAAUACUAAAGUGACCCUUAAAGACAUCGCCCGGGCUUGCGAAAGGCACCAGUGUGUGGUCGAUCUGCUGAGAUCAGAAGACAGACGUCUUCGAAAUACACAGCGGAUUAUCGAUGAGGAAACGGUAGUAGAAUAAACUAACUCACUCAAUAAUUAAUACUUGUGACAAAUCCUUAAACGUAAUCUUUAGUGCUAGCCUAUUGCCAUGAGUUUUGCCAGUGAAUAAUAGAGUUCAUUGCAAUACCACAACGCAUUGUUUUUUAUAAACUCCAACGAUAGCUGUGUUACAAAAUUACAAUUCUGAACUUUUCAAAUUGCUUUCCAUUGAAGUUCUUAACUGAACGGAGCUGAUAUAGUCACUCCAUGAAAACGUUUUUUCACGGCGAUAAAACGAGCAGCAAUGCAUUGUGGUCUUGUAAUACACUGUCUUUAGUAUUCAACGUUUUCUGCACUGUUGACCUUAUCCUCUGUAGUGGCUCCAGAGAGACGAGAUGGACGGCUUACCUCUCGAGAUGUCGCUGGAAAAAAACUUCAAAUACCAUCGAACGUAUUGAUGGUUUGAGAGCGUGUUAAAAAUGCUUUUUAUGCCUUGCCUCUGGAAAGAGAAUUACGGUCUUUUCAGUCCAAGGUUUACGAGAUCUGUCAUUCAAGCGUGUGAAUGACAGAUAGAAAGAUAACUAGUAGAUAAACUACAGUCUGCCACCGGUUUAUUCUGUUGGUCAAAACUAUUCCUUCUUCGAAAAGAAAGUAGAACAAUAAGAGUUAUCAACCAGACCAAAUCAACAAGAAAAACCGGAAUUAAAAACUUGUGGCUAAGGUCGUGAUAUCUAGUAGUUAUCUUGUCAGUUAAUGCUCUUAUAUGCUCUAUAGCAUCAUCAAUCAACUGACAACUUACUCUUACUCAUUCAAUAAUGUUAUCUUUAUUUUACGAUAAAAAUGUUUGGACGAUAGCAGUCUGUAGGUGCGCAUGCGCAUUUGUUAGAAAUAACCGCCUUCACUUUUUUCACAUUUUCGUAUUUCAUCAAUAUAAGGAGCUAUCAGAGCAUUAACGAGAUGAUCGAGUAGAGAGAUAUAGACUGGUCGCCUUGAGUGGGCUGACAAACAAUAAAAACGGGAUCGGGGUGGGAUCCAAAUAGUCUAUAGUCAGUGCAUGUUCACUUGUAUUGAAACUUUUGAUGCAAAUCAUGUCUUAARUCCCGCUUCCCUAUCCUUCUUAAGGUUUAUUUCACAAUAACUAUUUCCAAAGGAAAUCGUCUUUUUUCAACCUUUCUUUUCUCGUCAUUUGCCAUAAAAAAACAUCGCGUUCCCUCGUGCAAGUAUCUCUCGGUAUACUUUCUUCAAUUCAACUCAGUUUCGUUGUGGAAGAACUAAUAAAAGCUACGGACAGGGWAACGGGUCAUAAGACAUGACUUUCAUCAUUGUUUUCAGUUCGUAAGGCUCUCUUAGYUUUUCUUGGUAUCAACUUGUGUUGUCAAUAUUGUGAAACAAACAUCACCAACAAUUUGAAUUUUUGCUAAAACAAAGUACAGUUUUUAAGAUUUUGUUUUUACCAAAACCUUCACGUUUUUGCCUUAUUUUUAUGACCAAGGAAAAAUUCAUAACAAUUUAUGAAUUAUCUUGACUGUAGCAAUAUUAAACUGCAAGUUGAUACUAUUGACUGUAUAUAUACUGUUUGAUAGCCCUCUUUUGAUAAUCUAGUUCAGAAGCGAUGAGASAUAAAUCAAUCAAUGAAGACUGACGAGGCUCCAGUGYAAAUGAUGAUAUAUUCGUGAUCUUGAUAAGCCUUUUCUUCAAAUGUGCCCUGUCGCUUGAACCAGAAUAUCUAUGGGGGGUGUAACAAAAAACAACAGGGCGGAUCCAUYUAGUUGGUGAGAUACAACKUCCUCUUGAGAGUGACAUUGUCCUCUUUGAUACACUUUACCUAAWUUAUUUUUGUUGGCUUUUGGACCAUUUUAUGGUGUGCACCCGGCUCUCCUAAAGUACCUCUCCAUGAAUAAUAUCUAAUCUUGGAUCUACCCCUGAACACUUUUUAAAUUUGUUUUUUAAUCCGUUUUUGUAGAAUCACAAGCUUCCAUUGCCUUCUUGUAAGUAAAACAUUUCCUAACAAACAAUUUGGCGUCGUUUUUAUAACUUUUCUGAAUUUUUUAAUGUAAUUGACUUGUCGUACAGUGAAUUUCAAAAUAGUGAGAUAAAUCUGACRGAUCGCAGCCCAUGGUGCAACGCGAAAGAAAAGACCGAAUUGUUUGUCGGGGAAACGUCUUUGCUACAAGUAGCAAACCAAAUGUAGAUAGGAUUUCUAGAUUUUAUAGAAUAUUUUUCUAGGUGAAAAGAUAUAUUUUCAUCUGAAAUAACUUUUUAAUGGUAAUCAUUUGCUGUAUUAUAGUUAUUAUAUUAUUAGUUAUUAUUAGAUUAAUAUUAAUAUAUCAAACUAUCAAUUAACGUAUUUGAUCAGCAUUUAUCAAGCAUUAUACUAUAGCUGUAGAUAAAUUUACAAUCAAUGUUUUAUAGAGAGAGCCUUACCGUAUAUCUAUCUAGAUAUUGUGAUAUGAUCACAAUAAAUCCAAUUUUUAAUAAUUAUUUCUACUAGUGACAAGUAGAUUAUCUCUAGAGCUAUUCUUGGAAGACUGUUAGAGUUCAUUCAGGAAUAUAAUAAGUGCACUCAACUCUUUCAGAAAUGACAAAAUUGUCAAUUUGACGAUUGCAUGGAACCUUUUUGKUCCCGCAAUUUCCUGCAUGGAAUUUGAAUUCAAAAUCUGACAAACAAAUGGAAUUGAAUCCCAGACGCAAKCCAAACUCAGCUUUUUACUGAGAAUAGCUGUUAGAACAAAAACUUUUGAAACAAAUUACAAAAAAAAAAUAUAAAAAAAUGAAAAUAUAUWAAAAAAAAUUUGCAUCAAAYACAAUUACAGCACAACAUAAUAUGGAAGCUUGUAUAGACCAAAAUAAAAUAUGAAUCAUCACAAA